UGAACAGAGGAGGGAAGCCGCGGGCUAGAGAGAGUGAGGAGAAGACCAGAGGCAAGCGCGAGGAGGGCUGCGGACGAGGGACGAGGCAGGACGGAAAGAAGAGUAGAAGGGGGACCAUUCUAGGCGGAGGAGGGGCGAGGGUCCUUCAACGAGCGGCGGCGGAGGACCCGGGGCCGCUGCCCCUUUAAGGUUGCCAAGGCGACGGCUCUGGCCAGAGCGAGGCGCAUUGACGUCAGCAGCCGGGCGCUGAUUGGCUGCGGCGCGGCCGUUUCCGGUGGAGCCGCCGAGGAGCUGCUGUAGCCGAGUGGAUCCGGGCCGGGAGAGGAGCGCUGAGGUAGCUCCGCAGGCCGCCGCCUCGACCGCAGUCCGAGCCCGCCGCCGCCCGCCCGCAGCGAGCCAUGGCGUCUGGCAGCACCGCCAGCGAGGAGGAGCGCAGCCUCCGGGAAUGCGAGCUGUACGUGCAGAAGCACAACAUCCAGGCCCUGCUCAAGGACUCCAUCGUGCAGUUGUGCACCGCGCGGCCCGAGAGGCCCAUGGCAUUCCUCAGGGAAUACUUCGAGAGGCUGGAGAAGGAGGAGGCAAAACAGAUCCAGAAUCUGCAGAAAGCAAGCUCUCGUGCGGACUCGAGGGAGGAUGAAAUCUCUCCUCCUCCACCCAACCCAGUGGUAAAGGGCCGGAGGCGACGAGGUGCCAUCAGUGCCGAGGUCUACACGGAGGAAGAUGCUGCAUCCUACGUUAGGAAGGUUAUCCCAAAAGAUUAUAAGACAAUGGCUGCUUUAGCCAAAGCCAUUGAAAAGAAUGUACUGUUUUCACAUCUUGACGAUAAUGAGAGAAGUGAUAUUUUUGAUGCCAUGUUUCCGGUUUCCUUUAUUGCUGGAGAGACUGUUAUUCAGCAAGGUGAUGAAGGGGAUAACUUCUAUGUGAUUGAUCAAGGAGAGAUGGAUGUCUAUGUCAACAAUGAGUGGGCAACCAGUGUUGGGGAAGGAGGGAGCUUUGGGGAACUUGCUUUGAUUUAUGGAACACCUAGAGCAGCCACUGUCAAGGCAAAGACAAAUGUGAAAUUGUGGGGUAUCGACCGAGACAGCUAUAGAAGAAUCCUUAUGGUAAGAGACAUGGGUUUGGGAGUGUGGCUUACCAUCCAGGCUGUGUAACUAAUGUUUAAA